UGUGCAUCCGGAAGUAGUGUAGCCAUAGUCAUCGUUUUGAAUCUGCAUUCCUGUGAGUCAGAGUUAGCUAGUGAUUAAAAGCCCACAUUCAUUAGUUAUAUGUCUAUGUAUGAGAUGUUGGCCACAUGUUGAGGCAGCAGUGCGUGUGGAACAAUGUAGCAGCUGUGAAGUAAUGACAACUCAUCACGAUUUUGUUGGGUUACUAUGAGCUCUCUAUCAGCCCAGCCUGCGGCAUCAUGCUCAUCAUGCCGGACACUACCUGGAGAGGGAAAUCAGGUACAACCAAAAGCCCCUCUCCUGCAGAUUCUGCGUGUUGCCGGAGCCCAAGAAGAAGUCUUCACUCUCAAAGAGGUGAUGCACUACUUGGGUCAGUACAUCAUGGGAAAGCAACUGUAUGACAAGCAGAGGCAGCAUAUAGUCCACUGCCAGGAUGACCCGUUGGGAGAGCUGCUGGAGGUGGAGAGCUUUUCAGUCAAAAACCCGAGCCCGGUGUAUGAAAUGCUCAAGAAAUACUUAGUUGUGCUUGGUUGUUCUGACGCUGCAGAGAAUCUUUCUGUGGGCCGUGAAUGUGUAGAGGGCGGAGUGGAGGAUCGUGGUCAGAUAUUUGGAGGUGUGGUCAAAGCAGGGCUGGAGGCUGUCAGUAAUGGGCCUCUCCUGCCGACCCCCUCCCAGAGACGACCUCGGGAGCCAGACGAUGACUCCCUGGAAGGCCUGCCACGGUCAGCGUGUAAACGCCCUAAACUGGAUGUUACUCUGGACGAGUGGGACCUCUCUGGCCUGCCCUGGUGGUUUCUGGGUAAUCUUCGUAGUAACUACAGCCGCAGGAGCAAUGGCUCCACUGACAUCCACACAAACCAAGAGGAGGACACAGCUAUCGUGUCAGACACCACUGACGACCUCUGGUUCCUGACCGAGGGUGAGAGUGAGCAGGUGAGCGUGGAAAUGAAAGAGGCUGCACUGGAGGAAGGGAGUGGAGGAGAAGGGGAGGCUCUACCUGAGGAUGAUGAUGGAGGAGGAAAGGAGGAGAAAGCUGAUCGAGAGAUGCAGGAGGAGCCAGAUGAAGACUCGCAGUGUCUGAGCGAUGACACUGACACAGAGAUCUCCACACAGGAUGCGUGGCAGUGCACAGAGUGCAGGAAGUAUAACACGCCUCUCCAGAGGUACUGUGUUCGCUGCUGGGCUCUACGUAAGAACUGGUACAAGGAUGUCCCCCGACUAGCCCAUUCCCUUUCUGUUCCUGACAUCCCAGCAUGCAGCUCUCUCACCACCCAUGAUGAGGAGGAUGACAGCGACACAGGCAUUGAUGUCCCAGACUGCAGCAGGACAGUGUCUGACCCUGUCAUCCUGCCCUCCCACUCCACGGCUGACCGGCCACUGCCUAAUAUGGUCACAGGGAAAGGCAAGGGGCCUUGGCCCUCCAGCUUCCUUAAGGAUGAGCAGCUCUCAGAGGGGGACAGUCAGGAAAAUCUGGGCAUGGAGGUUGAAGAAGUUAGGCCUGAGGCACUGCUGGAGCCUUGCAAGCUCUGUCGAGUGCGACCGCGCAAUGGAAAUAUAAUACAUGGUCGCACUGCUCACCUGCUAACCUGUUUCCCAUGUGCAAGGAGGCUACACAAGUUCCAGGCUCCUUGUCCGGGUUGUGGGAAGAUCAUUCAAAAAGUUAUUAAGACGUUCAUCCUCUAAAUGGCACAAGCACACAUCUGUCUAGGCUCUGGGGACCUAAACAACAAAUAAUACAACACACAUUUUCAAAUGAAUUCAACAAUACUAGCUGCAUGCACUCUGGUACACACUGCUUGUAGAGAGACACACAAAAAACAUGCACCUUAACCUUAAAACCUACACAGAUACAUGCAAAGUUUAGCACUUGGUAAAGCUUGCUCUUGGUUGCAUGGUUUUUUUUGCAUCACACUGCCCCCAAAGUAUUGUUAGGUGAAACACAAGAGUUUGUCAUACCAAAUGUUUGUUUUAGUGCCACAUUUAAAUAAGGGACGCAAAGGCAGAAGUAUUUAUUUAUUUAUUAGAAGAUCACAUAAGGGUGCAGUGUGUGUGAUAUUUGAUUUCAUUAAGGCUUGUUUUUUCAGGCUAUGUGAAUUUUCUUACUGGUUUUUGCAUUGCAUUUGUUAAAUGUGCCAUUUUAAAAAAAACUAGUAUUGCUUGCUUUAGUUUUGUUAGUUCUGUUUGAUUUUUGUUCUCCACAGACUCACUUCAGUCAUCUUGACUGAAAUGGAAAAGUCCGUGCAGGUAUGUCAUUACAAGAACAUUUCUUGUAUUUCUUCAUUUUCUAGGCCAUUUAUUUCUUUUUUUCACCCUUUUUUAUAUCCUUUUUAGGUAUUGUGGCCCUGAUAUUUGAGUUAUGAAGACAACAUUGAAGGAAAAACAGGAAAGAGUCUUAAAACCAUGAUUUUAUUGUCAGCAGCUGCAGCUUCAUGAAUCCUAAUUUUUUCUUUUUAAAAAGUUCUCUCAGCAUUAGUGAAUGUACUGUAAAAAAACAAACAAAUGUGGUGGCUUAAGUCCUGUUUCUCUCAACAUAGUAUUUUAAAAUGUAGAAUUGAACUUAACCUGCUUGAGAAUGCACAGCUGAAGUAUUUACUGUAAUUUUCUCUUGUGGUAGUAAUCUGAUAUUAAUAUGUAUUCAAUAUUUACAAUUGCCAAUCUUCUGACAGUUAUGCCUGCAGUAAGUUAUGUCAGAUAAUUAUUGGUUAAUGUUUAAAUGUUAUCAUUCAAAAAGGGCACUUUACGCCCCUUCUUGAGCUUACGAUGAAUGAACGAUUUCUGUAUAUUUUGUAUUUAAGUUAUUUAUGAAUCUGUUUUAAUUGUAUGAUAACCACCUCUAUUGAAGCAGAAAAAGGCUGUACAGUAUUUGUUACAGCAAAAACAAUUUCUUAAAGUUAUACAGAAAGUCUUUAAGGAAACAGGCUAAGUUACCAAAUGGAAACUCAGUGAAAAUGACUGCAUAGUACUUAUUUGGAUUUUGGGGACUUGAUUUAAGCGUUACACUGCCAUGUAAUGACGUUGAACUUUAAUUUGUAUAUUAUAGAUUUUAUUUUGAUGGCUCUGCAGUAUUUGAAGAUGUAUCGCUGCAGUAUGUAGAUACUAUUUACUUUCAUUGCGUGUAUGAGCUGUCUACAAAUACAGUAUCUUCUACAAUGCUCACAAGUAAGAUGUCCAGUGACCGUAAGCAUUUAAAUCUUGGCUCUGCUUAGCGUAGAGGGAAUAUUAUAGUUAUUUGAUCUGCUCUUUACUUGCGCUUAAUCAUUCUGCCAGCAGGUGGAGAGAAGUCUCACGAUUGUAUCUGGUGCGCACAGAAGCUGUACAGUACCAGUUAUAACAAGUGAUGCAUAUAUAUAGAGCAUGCCUCCUGUCGUGAGUAGAGCCAGCACUGAGUUGGUGUGAGAGCUAUAUUAGCUAUAUAAAAGCUAUAAAAGAUUAUUGUAGCCUGUUGUAAUUAUCACCGCUGUUGUGAGUCAAGAUGAGACAAACUUCCUCUAAAUACAGACCUCGAUAAAUGGCUUAGUAUGUAUUAUACCAUUAAUACUGUUUCAGAAUGACUUAAUUGUUGCAAUUAUUGACAUUGAGACGAAUGUACUCAAACAUGGUACAGCUAAUAUAGUUGGGUUUUUUUUUUCUACUUGUCAUGGAAUAAAAUAAGUUGUUUUGUAAAGCAAUAAAGAGUUGGGACUUAA